GAUAAAAAGUAACGCUAGUGGGAAUAAAAUUAAACAAAGGUAUUAAAUUAAAUCAAAAUAAGUGUAAUCUUUCUUUUUAUUAAUUCAGUUCGUAACGCAUCGCGCAUAUUGUUUCUAAUUGUUUUCGCAAGCUCUUCUUUUCGCAUCGAGUUCCAAAAAUUAAGAUUAUUGGCGCGCCAUUGAAUCUGUAUUUGUAAAUGUUAUUAAGCAAGGACAAGAUUAAAUGUUUAAGUUAACAAUAUAAACACGAUUAAUGCAACUUCAUAACAAAUUGCAAUUUAUAUAAAAUCAAGACAAUGACCGAUGGUACUACCUCUAUGAAUUCCACGAUCACUAUUGUGGAUACCGACGAUGAAGUGAUAGAAUUGGAAGAGAGCCAAAACGAUAUUGUAAUCGUUCACGAUAAUGGCGAAAGUAAGGAUGACUUCGAGACAAGAGAGAGCGAUCUCUCAACGUGCGACGUUAUCGGCGAUUAUAAGUUUAUUGAGAAAACGCCAAACGUCAACGAAAACUUCGAACCUUAUCAACAUGUAAAAUCAACAAACAAUUCCAAGCCUAUGUUUAAGGUUAUUUUUCAAGAUGAAAAUAUAGCUCGGCAAUAUGAAAAAGAAAUAAGACAAUUCUUACAGGAUUUGGUUUUGAAAACGUCUCAACAAAUAACAGACAGUAGUUUCUCUAAUAUAAUUUUAGAAAUUUGGAACAAAACAAAAAACUGUGAUCAACAAUUAUUAGAAGCUAAUACAGAAGGUGAAGAUAGUAAAGAUACAUCAUCUCUCUUUACUAUUGAUACACAACCCACACUUAAAAGUAAUGUGGAUAUCCCAAAAUAUAGAAAGAAAUAUAAAGGUGUAAUUGAUGAAGAUAAAGAGGAAGAAUUAGAGCCAGAGAAAAAAGAUUCAUGUGUUCGACAAAUUUCAUGUUUCAAUUGUUCAGGAAAUCAUAAUUUACGAAAUUGUAAAAUGCCUUGGAACAUAGCUAAUAUAAAUAAAAAUCGGAAAGAGCUUAGUAUGAGAAAUAAUAAUAGGGGUAUUAGGUAUCACUUAGAUGACGAUCAAAGAUUCGGGCACAUGAUUCCUGGACAAAUUAGUAAAGAUUUGCGUAUUGCAUUGGGCCUCAAAGAUUAUGAAUUACCUAUGCACAUUUACAAAAUGAGAGUACUUGGUUAUCCUCCUGGGUGGUUAGAAGAGGCACGUUUACAACAUUCAGGAUUAUCUCUAUUCAAUUCAGAUGGAAUAGCAGAAUUGGAUCCUAAUGAUGAACCAGGUGAAAUUGUUGCAGAAGAAGAUAGAGAUCGUUAUGAUAUAAAAAAAAUUUUUGACUAUCCUGGAUUUAAUGUUCCACCUCCACCAGGUACUCAUGAUAAACUUAAUGUAUUAUGGACUCCUGAAAAGCAAAGUUUUCAUAGUAAAAAAAAUAUGUUAUUCCACCUGAGUGGAAAGAAAGCGGCAGAGGGAUAUAAAAGAAAAAAAUUGAAAUCGAACAUGUCUUUGAUGAACGAUUCACCUACAGUAUCUAGUGAUAUGGAAAUAGAAGAUUUAAGUGGAACGGAAGGUUUGGUAGAAUCGGUACCUAUUAAUGGACACUUUAUACCACCUUUACCAAAAGAUGUACCUAUUAAACCACCAGAACCUCCAUCCUCAUUAUCAACAUCGGAGCAAUGUUUAUUUGAUUGUCAAUCGCAAGAUUCAGCUGAUGAAAGUGCAUCUUCAUUGUCUAGGACAAAUUCACCAUCAUUAUCAGAUCUUGAAAGCAUGAAAAAACGAUUACUUGUAGAACUUGAAGAUUCUAGCUCGCAAUCUAAUCUUGAUGCACCUAUGAAAUGCAGCUCUUUAAAUUCUAGUAUGAAAUCAGAAGUACUUUUAUCUUCCAAUGAACACACACCACAAUUCAAUCGUUUUCAAAGUGCACACAGUAUAUUUAAUACUAGUCAGGGAAGUAUAAAAUCAGUGGACUUUGGUACACCCAUAUUACAGAGUACUUCUACUUAUAAUAAGUUACCAUCUUCAGAAAAAUUCUCAAAGAACAUAUGUGAUGUUAUCAAUUUUGAAAAUUUACCAGACUCUACUGGUAAGUAUGAACAAAUCACAGGAGUUUUGCAAAAAGUACGAAGUACUUUGGCAAAAUUGCAUGAGGAUUCGUGAAAAUUAUUUAUCUAUUAGAUAUCUUUCAGAAUUGAAAUGCUAAUUGAAAUGCUAAUUGAAAUAAUUCCUAUACCGAUAUAAUUUGUUACAUACAAAGUUUGUAUGUAAAUAUUGUAAUAUAAAUGAUUUCAAGCAUAAUAGCGCAUAAUAAUGUAUUAUAAACUAUAAUAUAAUUAUGAAUGAGAAUUUCUUAUCUGAAUUCUGUAAAGAUUACAAAAACUACUGUUAAAAGAAAAAAAAGAACCUGUUCAAACGUAGAAUAACUAAUCGAUAAGUGUCUUUAUAAUUUAAACAUAGAAAGUUAUAUCAUAUGUUCCAUAUGGUCUGAACACUAAUUAACAUAAAUGAUAUGGUUUGCAAAAUUUUUCUCGUAUUCAGAAUUCUAUGAAAAAUAUUCUUCAUUUAAUAUGUAAUAUAUUUUGCAUAAUCUUAGAUCUAUAUAAAAAAUCUACAUUUAUUUUCCAUGAAAUUAAUACUCCUCUUAAAAGUACAAAAAUGUGAUAAUCCGAAUAUUUUAGUUUAUAUAUACGUUAAAAUAUUUUAUCGGAUCACGAUAACAAAAUUAGCUCAUUAAAUCGGUUAUAAUAUAAUUUCGAUGAUAACAGCAUUUCAAAAAUUAUUCAUCUUUUGCAUUUUCUAAAUUAUUCAUUUUUUUCUUGUAAAAAUGAAUCCCUAUGCAUUUAAAAAAAUUGUAAAUUUGUUCAUGUAGGAUGUCAGAUGAAAUAAAUGCCAAACAAUAUAGCAAAAAGAAUAUAAAAAUUUUCUUGAAAUUUUCGUAUGAAACGUCAAAUGUAUGUGAUAAACAAUUUGAUAAAAAAUUAUAAUAUUAGAAAAAGAAUCAUGUUUUAUUAAUCUUAUUUUAUAGAUAUAAUAAGCAUUCUUGUGAUAAGUUUUUCAAUAUUUAAAAUGUUCACAAUUUUAAAAUAUUAAGAUUAAAUUGUGAACUAGCCAAAUUUUCAAAUUAAUUGAUUCGAGGUAUUACUAAAUAGCAUUAGUAUUCUAAUGAAAAAAUUGUUUGAUAUUUUUAUUAUCGCAAUGUCGAAGGUAUACGUGUAAAAAUUCGAAAAAAUUUUUAAAUUAAAUAAUUAAGAAUAAAGAAAAAUAUUUUUGGUAUUUUUAUUAGAUGUUAUUAAAAAAAAAAAAAAAAAAAGAGGUUGUAGAAAAAAAAUCCUCGCGUAAUUUAGUCUUUACUAUAGUUUGGCUACUAUUUCAGUCGACACUUGUUUCAAGGUUACCUACGUACUUAUAUGAAGUAUAAUAAUAUAAAAAAAAAAAAA